GAGAGCCUGCACUGGAGCCAGAGCUCAGAUUGGACCUGAUCCAAAGCCUGAGAUCAAGCUGGGCCCAGAGCCUGGCCUGGAGCCAGAGCCCCAGUCACAUCUGGUCUUGCGCCUGUCAUGCCGAAGGAGUUGGGCACUGUGCCUUCCUGCACUGGCAUGCAGGGCCCCGGGCCCCUCCCCCUGCUCCCACUGCUGCUACUGCUGCUGGGGGCCAGGGUGCCAGGAGCCUGGGGUCAGGCCGGGAGCUUGGACCUGCAGAUUGAUGAGGAGCAGCCAGCAGGCACACUGAUCGGGGACAUCAGUGCAGGGCUUCCGGCAGGCACGGCAGCACCUCCCAUGUACUUCAUCUCUGCGCAGGAGGGCAGCGGCGUGGGCACAGACCUGGCCAUCGACGAGCACAGCGGGGUGGUCCGUACAGCCCGUGUCUUAGACCGUGAGCAGCGGGAUCGCUACCGCUUCACUGCAGUCACUCCUGACGGCGCCACCGUGGAAGUUACUGUACGAGUGGCUGACAUCAAUGACCAUGCUCCGGCCUUCCCACAGGCUCGUGCUGCCCUGCAGAUACCUGAGCACACAGCUCUUGGCACUCGCUACCCGCUGGAGCCGGCUCGUGAUGCAGACGCUGGCCGCCUAGGAACCCAGGGCUAUGCAUUGUCUGGUGACGGGGCUGGAGAGAACUUCCGGCUGGAGACACGUCCUGGUCCAGAUGGGGCACCAGUACCUGAGCUGGUAAUUACUGGGGACCUGGACCGAGAGAACCGCUCACACUAUAUGCUGCAACUGGAGGCCUACGAUGGUGGUUCACCCCCUCGGAGGGCCCAGGCCCUGCUGGAUGUGACGCUGCUGGACAUCAAUGACCAUGCCCCAGCCUUCAAUCAGAGCCGCUAUCACGCUGUGGUGUCUGAGAGCCUGGCCCCCGGCAGCCCGGUCUUGCAGGUGUAUGCGUCUGAUGCCGAUGCCGAUGCCAAUGGGGCUGUGACGUAUGAGAUCAACCGGAGACAGAGCGAGGGUGAUGGACCCUUCUCCAUCGACGCACACACGGGGCUGCUGCGGCUGGAGCGGCCAUUGGACUUCGAGCAACGGCGGGUGCAUGAAUUGGUGGUGCAGGCACGGGAUGGUGGGGCUCACCCUGAGCUGGGCUCGGCUUUUGUGACCGUGCACGUGCGAGAUGCCAAUGACAACCAGCCCUCCAUGACUGUCAUCUUCCUCAGUGCAGAUGGCUCCCCCCGAGUGUCCGAGGCCGCCCCACCUGGCCAGCUUGUUGCUCGCAUCUCUGUGUCAGACCCAGACGAUGGUGAUUUUGCCCACGUCAACGUGUCCCUGGAGGGUGGAGAGGGCCACUUUGCCUUAAGCACCCAGGACAGCGUCAUCUACCUGGUGUGCGUGGCUCGGCAGCUGGAUCGGGAGGAGCGGGAUGCCUAUAACUUGCGGGUUACCGCCACCGACUCAGGCUCACCCCCACUGCGAGCUGAGGCUGCCUUUGUGUUACAUGUCACUGAUGUCAAUGACAACGUGCCUGCCUUUGACCGCCAGCUCUACCGACCUGAGCCUCUGCCUGAGGUUGCACUGCCUGGCAGUUUCGUGGUGCGGGUGACGGCCCGGGAUCCUGACCAGGGCACCAACGGUCAGGUCACCUAUAGCCUGGCCCCAGGCAGCCACACCCGCUGGUUCUCCAUCGACCCCACCUCAGGCAUCAUCACCACGGCUGCUUCACUGGACUAUGAGUUGGAACCCCAGCCACAGCUGAUUGUGGUGGCCACGGAUGGGGGCUUGCCCCCUCUCACCUCGUCUGCCACAGUUAGCGUGGCCCUGCAAGACGUGAAUGAUAAUGAGCCUCAGUUCCAGAGGACUUUCUACAAUGCCUCACUGCCCGAGGGCACCCAGCCUGGAACCUGCUUCCUACAGGUGACAGCCACAGAUGCAGACAGUGGCCCAUUUGGCCUCCUCUCCUAUUCCUUGGGUGCCGGACUUGGGGCCUCGGGGUCUCCCCCUUUCCGCAUUGAUGCCCACAGUGGUGAUGUGUGCACGACUCAGACCCUGGACCGUGACCAGGGACCCUCAAGCUUCGACUUCACAGUGACGGCUGUGGAUGGGGGAGGCCUCAAGUCCAUAGUGUAUGUGAAGGUGUUUGUGUCAGACGAGAAUGAUAACCCACCUCAGUUCUAUCCACGGGAGUAUGCCGCCAGUCUGAGUGCCCAGAGUCCACCAGGCACAGCCGUGCUGAGGGUGCGUGCUCAUGACCCCGACCAGGGGCCCCAUGGGCGACUCUCCUACCACAUCCUGGCUGGCAAUAGCCCCCCACUCUUUGCUUUGGAUGAGCACUCAGGGCUGUUGACAGUAGCCUGGCCCUUGGCCAGGCAGGUCAACUCUGUGGUGCAGCUGGAGAUUGGGGCUCAGGAUGGAGGUGGCCUGAAGGCAGAGCUCAGUGCCCGAGUCAACAUCAGCAUUGUGCCUGGAACCCCCAUACCACCCAUAUUUGAACAACUACAGUAUGUCUUUUCUGUGCCAGAGGAUGUGGCACCAGGCACCAGUGUGGGCAUAGUCCAGGCACACAACCCACCAGGUCGCUUGGGGCCAGUGACACUCGCCCUAUCAGGUGGGGAUCCCCGAGGACUCUUCUCCCUAGAUGGGGCCUCGGGGCUGUUACAGACACUUCGCCCUCUGGAUCGGGAGCUGCUGGGGCCAGUGCUGGAGCUGGAGGUGCGGGCAAGCAGUGGAGUCCCUCCAGCUUUCGCUGUAGCUAGGGUGCGUGUGCUGCUGGAUGAUGUGAAUGACAAUUCCCCUGCUUUCCCUGCACCUGAAGACACGGUAUUGCUGCCACCAAGCACGGCCCCAGGGACCCUCAUCUAUACACUGCGUGCCCUGGACCCAGACUCCGGCGUUAACAGUCGAGUCACCUUUAACCUUCUUGAUGGAGGUGGCGGGGUCUUCACCGUGGACCCCACCACAGGCCACGUACGACUUAUAGGACCUCUGGGGGCCCCAGGGGGGCCAGCGUAUGAACUAGACCUGGAAGCCCGGGAUGGAGGCUCCCCACCCCGCACCAGCCACUUUCGACUGCGGGUGGUGAUACAGGACUUGGUCACCCGGGGGCUGGCUCCCCACUUCGACAGCCCUACCUACCGUGUGGACCUGCCCUCGGGCACCACCCCUGGAACUCAGAUUCUGCAAGUGAAGGCUCGAGCACCUGAUGGGGGCUCUGUCACCUACCACCUUGCAGGAGAUGGGCCAAGCAGCCCUUUCGGCCUAGAGCCACAGAGCGGGUGGCUAUGGGUGCGGGCAGCACUGGACCGUGAGUCCCAGGAGUUGUACACACUAAAGGUAAUGGCAGUGUCUGGGUCCAAAGCUGAGUCGGGGCAGCAGACAGGCACGGCCACUGUCAGGGUCAGCAUCCUCAAUCAGAACGACCACAGCCCCCGCUUGUCUGAGGAACCCACCUUCCUGGCUGUGGCAGAGAACCAGCCCCCAGGGAGCAGCGUGGGCCGGGUCUAUGCCAGCGACCGAGACUCGGGACCCAAUGGACGCCUGACCUACAGCCUGCGACAGAUGUCAGAAGACAGCAAGGCCUUCCGCAUCCACCCCCAGACUGGAGAAGUGACCACCCUCCAAACCCUGGACCGAGAGCGGCAGAGCAGCUACCAGCUCCUGGUGCGGGUGCAGGAUGGGGGCAGCCCACCUCGCAGUGCCACAGGCACCGUGCACAUCGCCGUGCUCGACCUCAACGACAACAGUCCCACCUUCCUGCAGGCUUCAGGGGCUGCUGGUGGGGGCCUCCCCAUACAGGUCCCAGAUCGAGUGCCUCCAGGGACACUGGUGACGACUCUGCAGGCCAAGGAUCCAGAUGAAGGGGAGAAUGGGACCAUCCUGUACACGCUGACUGGUCCUGGCUCAGAGCUCUUCUCUCUGCACCCUCACUCAGGGGAGCUGCUCACUGCAGCACCCCUGAUUCGAGCAGAGCGGCCCCACUAUGUGCUGACGCUGAGUGCUCAUGACCAAGGUAGCCCUCCUCGGAGUUCCAGCCUCCAGCUGCUGGUGCAGGUGCUUCCCUCAGCUCACUCGGCUGAGCCUCCACCAGAUCCUUCAGAGCCAGACCCAGCGGCACCCGUGCCUGUUGUGCUGACGGUGACAGCCGCCGAGGGGCUUCUGCGCCUCCCCGAAGAUCAGCCGCCUGGGCCCGUGGCGCUGCACGUGGUAGCCCGGGACCCGGACCUGGGCGAGGCCGCACGCGUGACCUAUCGCCUGGCUGCGGGCGGGGACGGCUACUUCCGGCUACACCCAAGCACUGGAGCGCUGUCCCUGGUGCGGCCCCUGGACCGCGAACAUCGAGCUGAGCACCUCCUGACCGUGGUGGCCUCGGACCACGGCUCCCCGCCGCGCUCAGCCACGCAGCUCCUAACUGUCAGUGUCGCUGACGUCAACGACGAGGCCCCAGCUUUCCAGCAGCAGGAGUACAGCGUCCUCUUGCGGGAGAACAGCCCUCCUGGCACAUCUCUGCUCACUCUGCGGGCAACCGACCCAGACCUGGGGGCCAAUGGGCAGGUGACCUAUGGAGGCAUCUCUGGUGAGAGCUUCUCUCUGGACCCAGACACUGGAGUUCUCACAACUCUCCGGGCCCUGGAUCGGGAGGAACAGGAGGAGAUCAACCUGACAGUGUAUGCCCGAGACAGGGGAUCACCUCCGCUGUUGACCCAUGUCACAGUACGAGUGGCCGUAGAGGAUGAGAAUGACCAUGCCCCAGCCUUUGGGAGUGCCCAUCUCUCCCUGGAAGUGCCCGAGGGCCAGGACCCCCAGACCCUUACCACGCUGCGGGCUUCUGACCCAGAUGUGGGAGCAAAUGGGCAGUUGCAGUACCGCAUCCUGGAUGGGGAUCCAUCAGGAGCCUUUGUCCUAGAUCUAGCCUCUGGGGAGUUUGGUACCAUGAGACCACUAGACCGAGAGGUGGAACCAGCAUUCCAGCUGCGGAUUGAGGCCCGGGAUGGAGGCCAGCCAGCUCUCAGUGCCACUCUGCUUGUGACAGUGACAGUGCUGGAUGCCAAUGACCAUGCCCCAGCCUUUCCUGUGCCUGCCUACUCUGUGGAGGUGCCUGAGGAUGCCCCUGCAGGAACUCUCCUGUUGCAGCUACAGGCUCAUGAUCCUGAUGCUGGAGCCAAUGGCCAUGUGACCUACUACCUGGGUGCAGGUGCAGCAGGAGCCUUCCUGCUGGAGCCCAGCUCCGGGGAACUGCGUACAGCCACAGCCCUAGAUAGAGAGCAGUGUUCCAGCUAUUCCUUCUCCGUGAGUGCGGUGGAUGGUGCAGCUGCUGGGCCCCUGAGCACCACGGUGCCUGUCACCAUCACAGUGCGUGAUGUCAAUGACCAUGCACCCACCUUCCCCUCUAGUCCCCUGAGGCUGCGCCUGCCCCGCCCAGGCCCCAGCCUCAGCACCCCGACCCUGGCUCUGGCCACUCUGCGAGCUGAAGACCGUGACGCUGGUGCGAAUGCCUCCAUCCUCUAUCGGCUGGCAGGCACGCCACCUCCUGGCACCACUGUGGACUCCUACACUGGUGAAAUCCGUGUGACCCGCUCCCCUGUAGGCCUGGGCCCCCGGGAUCGUGUCCUCUUCAUCGUGGCCACUGACCUUGGCCGUCCUGCUCGCUCUGCCACCGGUGUGGUCAUUGUGGGGCUACAGGGAGAGUCUGAACGUGGACCCCGCUUUCCCCGUGCUAGUGGCGAAGCUGUGCUCCGUGAGAAUGCACCCCCAGGGACUCCCAUUGCCUCCCCUAAGGCUGUCCACACAGGGGGCUCAAAUGGACCAAUCACCUACAGCAUUCUCAGUGGGAAUGAGAAAGGGACGUUCUCCAUCCAGCCUAACACAGGAGCCAUCACAGUUCGCUUAGCAGAGGGGCUGGACUUUGAGGCAAAUCCACGGCUGAGACUAGUGCUGCAGGCAGAGAGCGGAGGAGCCUUUGCCUUCUCCGUGCUAACCUUAACCCUGCAGGAUGCCAAUGACAAUGCCCCCCGCUUCCUGCAGCCCCACUACGUGGCCUUUCUGCCUGAAUCCAGGCCCUUGGAGGGGCCUCUGCUGCAGGUGGAGGCAGAUGACCUGGAUCAAGGCCCCAGCGGACAGAUCUCCUACAGUCUGGCUGCAUCCCAGCCAGCACGGGGACUGUUUCAUGUAGACCCAGCCUCAGGCACUAUCACUACCACAGCCAUCCUGGACCGUGAGAUCUGGGCGGAAACACGGCUGGUACUGAUGGCCACAGACAGAGGAAGCCCAGCCCUGGUGGGUUCAGCUACCCUGACGGUGAUGGUCAUCGACACCAAUGACAAUCGACCCACCAUCCCGCAGCCCUGGGAGCUCCAAGUAUCCGAAGAUGCACUCUUGGGCUCAGAGAUUGCACAGGUCACGGGGAAUGACGUGGACUCCGGACCAGUGCUGUGGUAUGUGCUGAGCUCAUCUGGACCCCAGGAUCCUUUCAGCGUAGGCCGCUAUGGAGGCCGUGUCUCCCUCACAGGCCCCCUGGACUUCGAGCAGUGUGACCGCUACCACCUGCAGCUGCUGGCACAUGAUGGGCCUCACGAGGGCCGUGCCAACCUCACGGUGCUCGUGGAGGACGUCAAUGACAAUGCACCUGUCUUCUCACAGAGCCUCUACCAGGUGACGCUGCUUGAACACACGCCCCCAGGCAGUGCCAUUCUCUCCGUCUCUGCCACUGACCGGGACUCAGGUGCCAAUGGUCACAUCUCCUACCACCUGGCUUCCCCCGCUGAGGGCUUCAGUGUUGACCCCAACAAUGGGACCUUGUUCACGACAGCGGGAACAGUGGCCUUGGGCCAUGAGGGGCUAGGAGUGGUGGACGUGGUGCUGGAAGCUCGAGACCAUGGGAUGCCAGGCCGGGCAGCCCGAGCUACCGUGCAUGUACAGCUGCAGGACCAGAACGACCACGCCCCGAGCUUCACGUUGCCACACUAUCGUGUGGCUGUGACCGAAGAUCUGCCCCCUGGCUCCACCCUGCUCACCCUGGAGGCCACAGAUGCUGACGGAAGCCGCACCCACGCCACGGUGGACUACAGCAUUGUCAGUGGCAACCGGGGCCGAGUCUUCCAGCUGGAACCCCGUCUUGCUGAAGCUGGGGAGAGUGGUGGACUAGGCCCCCAGGCACUGGGAUGCCUGGUGUUACUUGAGCCUCUAGACUUUGAAAGCUUAACCCAGUAUAAUCUAACCGUGGCUGCAGCUGACCGGGGGCAGCCGCCUCGCAGCUCAGCCGUGCCGGUCACCGUCACCGUGCUGGACGUCAACGACAACCCACCCGUCUUCACCCGAGCAUCCUACCGCGUGGCAGUAUCCGAGGACACACCUGUUGGAGCCGAGCUGCUGCAUGUGGAGGCCUCUGACGCUGACCCUGGCCCUCAUGGCCUUGUGCGUUUCACCCUCAGCUCUGGUGACCCCGCAGGGCUCUUUGAACUGGAUGAGAGCUCGGGUGCCUUGCGAUUGGCCCGGCCCUUGGACUGUGAGACCCAGGCUCGACAUCAGCUGGUCGUGCAGGCUGCAGACCCUGUGGGGGCACACUUUGCUCUGGCACCAGUGACCAUUGAGGUCCAGGAUGUGAAUGACCACGGCCCAGCCUUCCCACUGAGCUUGCUCAGCACCAGCCUGGCGGAGAACCAGCCGCCAGGCACCCUUGUGACCACUCUGCAUGCGAUUGAUGGGGAUGCCGGGGCUUUCGGGAGGCUCCACUACACCCUGUUGGAGGCUGGACCAGGGCCUGAGGGACGUGAGGCAUUUGCACUGAACAGCUCAACGGGGGAGCUGCGGGCACGAGUGGCCUUUGACUACGAGCACACGGGAAGCUUCCAGCUGCUGGUGGGUGCCGCCGAUGCUGGGAAUCUCUCCGCCUCGGUCACUGUGUCGGUGCUGGUGACUGGCGAGGAUGAGUAUGACCCGGUGUUCCUGGCUCCAGCUUUCCACUUCCAAGUGCCGGAAGGUGCCCGGCGUGGCCACAGCCUGGGUCACGUGCAGGCCACAGAUGAGGAUGGAGGUGCCGAUGGCCUAGUGCUCUAUUCCCUUGCCACCUCUUCUCCCUACUUUGGUAUCAACCAGACUACAGGUGCCCUGUACCUGCGGGUGGACAGCCGAGCACCAGGCAGCGGAACAGGCCCUUCUGGGGGUGGGGGCCGGACCCGGCGUGAGGCACCACGAGAGCUGAGGCUGGAAGUGGUGGCACGGGGGCCGCUGCCUGGUUCGAGGAGUGCCACAGUGCCGGUGACCGUGGAUAUCACCCACACGGCGCUGGGCCUGGCACCUGACCUCAACCUGCUGUUGGUGGGGGCUGUGGCAGCUUCUCUGGGAGUGGUGGUGGUGCUUGCACUGGCAGCCCUGGUCCUUGGGCUGGUGCGGGCCCGUAGCCGCAAGGCAGAGGCAGCGCCUGGCCCGAUGUCCCAGGCGGCACCCCUAGCCAGUGGCUCCCUGCAGAAGCUGGGCCGGGAGCCACCCAGCCCACCGCCCUCAGAGCACCUGUAUCACCAGACUCUCCCCAGCUAUGGUGGGCCAGGAGCUGGAGGUCCCUACCCACGGGGUGGCUCCCUGGACCCUUCCCAUUCAAGCGGCCGAGGCUCAGCAGAGGCUGCGGAGGAUGACGAGAUCCGCAUGAUCAACGAGUUCCCCCGUGUGGCCAGUGUGGCCUCCUCACUCGCUGCCCGUGGCCCCGACUCGGGCAACGCCCCCGAUACCUGGUAUAAGGGCCGAAAGGCAGGGCUGCUGCUGCCAGGUGCAGGAGCCACUCUGUACCGAGAAGAGGGCCCCCCAGCCACUGCCACGGCCUUCCUGGGGGGGUGUGGCCUGAGCCCUGCACCCACUGGGGACUAUGGCUUCCCAGCAGAUGGCAAGCCAUGCGUGGCAGGUGCACUGACGGCCAUUGUGGCUGGCGAGGAAGAGCUCCGUGGCAGCUAUAACUGGGACUAUCUGCUGAGCUGGUGCCCUCAGUUCCAGCCGUUGGCCAGCGUGUUCACAGAGAUCGCCCGGCUCAAGGAUGAAGCUCGGCCAUGUCCCCCAGCUCCCCGUAUCGACCCACCACCCCUCAUCACUGCCGUGGCCCACCCAGGAGCCAAGUCCGUGCCUCCCAAGCCAGCCAGUACAGCUGCACCCCGGGCCAUCUUCCCGCCGGCCGCUCACCGCUCCCCCAUCAGCCACGAAGGCUCCCUGUCCUCAGCUGCCAUGUCCCCCAGCUUCUCACCCUCACUGUCUCCUCUGGCUGCUCGCUCACCCGUUGUCUCGCCAUUUGGGGUGGCCCAGGGCCCCUCAGCCUCAGCACUUAGCGCAGAGUCCGGCCUGGAGCCACCUGAUGACACGGAGCUGCACAUCUAGCUGUGGCCCAGGCUGGGUCCCGACCUGGGACACGCACAGUGUCCCCAAUGCAGGCCCCAUCUGAGCCUGCCCUGGGCAGCCUCGGACCAGGAUUGGCCACGGGGGAGACCAACUCCCCGUCCCAAACUUUCCAGUGGGAGCAGGUCGCACGUCUCACCCCAGCCCCAUCGGAGUACCAACCCCACAGAGGCCCUGUGGGCACUGACCUGUGGCCAGGUCCAGUGUGGGAGACAAAUGAAGGAGGCAGCAGCCCUGGUUCUCUUCAGUGAGGGCUUUCUGCCCGGUGCCAGCACCGAGAUGGAGCUGAGACUUUAUUUAUUGGGGGGUAGGGGGGAUGGGGGAGGUCCUCCAACCUGUUUGGGCCCAGCUCCUUUGGGUUCCAUUGACACCCCUUCCCCUGCCCAGAACCAAGUGCCAAUUCUCACUCUGGAGCCUUAAUAAACUGCAGUUUGUAUCCAG